AUGACGAUUGCCGGCACUCGAGCCGGGGCUCUCCCUGGACCACCAUCGCGGACGAGCCCGAUCCUCUACGUACCACAUCGAAGCAGCUGUCGUCUACCAGCACGGGCCAACCAUCUCGGACUCGAGGGCCAGUUGCGUGUCAAAAAUGUCGGUCGCGGAAAACGAAAUGCGAUAACCAACGACCAACCUGUGGCUAUUGUCUCAAGUUGCCAUGUCUUUGGACAAGAGGUUCUUCAAGCACUAAGCGAGCUUCGGGAGAUAGUGUUGAAACAACCAAAUGCCGUAUCCGUGAUUAAUGGCCGUGAGGGAACCGAAGCCGGCCAAGAUGGCACUUCCCCUUCCUCUGUUCGGCCUUCUACUGCCACGCCAAAGUCUCAGCCGACCACUGCAAGUAGCGACCUCGGCACCAAGUCAGCACUCUCGCUAGGACAGAUCCAAAGGGUCGAAGACAUCAUACAAUGGCGAAUUCUUCAACCGCACAUUGUGGCGAGAGACAUUUAUCCUGAUGCAAAUUUACCAGCCAUUCUUAGCCAUUCUAUGCCAACUACUGACGCCAAGAUGCUGGCUGGCCUCAAAGUCAAGUACAUACACAGCGUGCACCUGUUGAACCCCAUAUUAAACCUUGCUACUCUGAGCGAUCUUAUCCUCAGCCUGUCGGAGAACGGACUUGACUGGUCGCUCGAGACUUGUCUCACUGCACUUGUAUGUGCCAUUGGUGCUAUUACGGAGCCACUGGGGGCAUCGCAGACGGAGGGAGAAAUCGACCCCUACGACUCUCAACCUCGUAGUGACCCAGACCUGGCUAUGAAGUACUGGAACGUAUCCUCCAAGCGUCUGGGAUUGGUUUUUGAUCGGAAUGACAUAACUGCUGUACAGUGUCUGUGUCUAGCAGGUAUUUGGUAUAUGCACAACUUGCAACCACUACAAGCAUGGAAGUACUUCAGUCAAGCGGCAAACACUUGGCUUUGCACUGUCCUCCGCAAGCAAGCAUACUCACGACUAUGGAGAGGAGGUAGCACCGCUGACGAGUCAAGUAGUGACCCACUGAGCGAAUCUUCAGACCGUAUUCAUUCAGGUCCAAUCAGCGUGGAGGAUGCUCUGUACUUCACGAUAUGGAAAUCCAUGUGUGAGCUGCGCCCCGAACUGUCCCUCCCCCGUUCGGUUUUGGAAGGCUGUCAAGUCACUCGACCAUUUCCAGCACUCCCAGAAGACCCAGAACUAGGAAGCGCGUCGAAGCUGGACGAGCGUAGCUGCUACUACUAUCUAUCAGAGAUUGCUGCACGUCACCUCUUCAACGACCUCCUUGAAUGCCAUGUCUAUGAUUACGCCAACAUCCAGCCUGCUGAUGUGAAACGAAUGAUUCGCCACGCCGAGAUAUUCGAGACGCAAAUCCACGACUGGCGCUCGUCCUUGCCGGCCCAGCUCCAGUUCGACAUUCCCACAGACUUGAGUCUACCGGAUCUUGACGACCCUAUGACUCUAGUAUUGAGGCAACGGUACUUGUCGAGUCUCGAAAUGACAUACCGGCCUUUGUUAAGAAUAUGCACUGAUUUUACUUUGCAAGAUUCCCAAGGAUAUGACGCAUCCAUCAGGAGAAAAGUGGCCAAAUUGGCUUCUCAGAACCUGCAAUUUUCGUACUUGAAAGUCCUGCGCAUAAGCGACAGGCUUCAUCAGGGAACUUGGUUCAAUCUGCGCAGUUUGACUGGAUCAUGCUUGCGCUUCGCUGCGGUAGAGAUAGCCCAACGGGACGCAAAGCUGUCUGGCGCACAAGAGGUGGAGGUUCCGCCAGACUGGAGGUCUGCCAUAAUGCGUGGAAUAGAAACCCUGCAACCGUACUGGACUUCGAGUCGUAGUGGUGGGGCAGGGUUAAUGUCCCUGAUGGACCAAGCCUUGAAGCUAUAG